AUGAAAUUUGAGAAAUUCUACGACAGGUGUGGUUUACUUUUACACUUUCAAAAGUUUUACCUCGCGGCAAAGAAAGAAUAAUUUAAUUUUAAACGAACAACGAAACGAAAACGAAAAAUCCUUGAAAUAAAAAAUAUAAAAUGGGAUACGGGCGGCAGGAAAAUAAAUUGGAAAAACAAAUAGGAUGUGUAAAGUACACUCUAUUCUGUUUCAACGUUGUGGCUUGGCUUAUUGCGACUUCACUGUUUGCCCUUACAAUCUGGAUCAGGGCCGAACCUGGAUUUAGUGAAUGGCUGAGUAUUCUGGAGGCAGAAAAUUUCUACAUCGGGAUCUACAUGUUGAUAGCAUUGGGUGUGGUUAUGAUGGCCGUUGCGUUCUUAGGAUGUCUCAGUGCCCUUAUGGAGAAUAUCCUGGCGCUGAUGGUUUUCAUUGGGACGCAAAUCUUCGGAUUCCUGCUCACAAUAUUGGGAUCAGCGUUCCUUCUCACCUACAGUACAAUGCAUUCUAGUUUGCAACCACUGCUGCGUGUGAGUUUGAAGCGAUUCGUUAUGACCUCGGAGUACUCCUAUUCAUCGUAUGUGCUUACAAUGAUACAAGAGAACAUUGGCUGCUGUGGAGCUGAUGGGCCAUGGGAUUACUUGGACCUAAGACAACCUUUGCCAUCAUCUUGUCGCGACACAGUUACAGGAAAUGCAUUUUUCUCUGGUUGUGUGGACUCUCUAACUUGGUUCCUUGGAGGAAAAUCUUCGUGGAUCGUUGGACUGGCAAUGGCUUUGGGAAUGCUUAAUGUGGUCUGUGGAGUUAUGAGUUUGAUUUUAAUUCAAGCAGUUAAGAAGGAAGAGGAAGAAGCCAGAGCGUAUCGCCGUUAAGCUGAUAAAUUUCACAGUUUAAAUUCUUUUACUUAGUUUUACGACUUAAGCGACAACUUUUCCUCCGAUAAAAGCGUUUUCUUUUUCAAUUCAUAAAGUUUUUACAUAAAACAUGCAGAUAUAAGGACAUAACAUACAUAUUUUUUUAAGCGUUUAUAGCGAAUAGUGUUUUUUUUUGUUUAUAAAAUAAAAUAGCCCUUUUUUAAGAUAUAUUGCAAUAAAAUAAAUAUUUUUCUUUGUGCGAGAUCUUAAAAUGAA